AUGAUUAAUCAAACAAUAUUAAGAAUUCUGAAUACAAACAAUAUUAAUCUUGCUGAUAGCGCACUAUAAUUGGAAAAGGCAGGUUAAUUAAAUUUUAAUAUUAUAUAGGUAUUCAAAACGUCUUUAAUUACUUAUCUAAAUCAGAUGUCACAAAAAUAGUGUUUCCAGAGUAGGUAAUAAAAUUACUAUGCGUAUUUCACUUUAUGAUAUAAAAAAAAACUUUAGAUUUACAGGUCUUUUAAGAUUGUAAUAUUUAUUGGAUUACAAAUGUUUUGAAUAAUAGUUUUAUAAUGGAGAGGUUAUCAACAGAAAUGAGUUCUUCAAGCACAUUUGCUAGAAGUAGUUAAUUUUCAUCUUUGAGAUCUUCACAAUAAUAGACAGAUAGGAAUAAUCCUCAUUUUUAAACAGAGUCAAAAUCUUAAAAAGUACAUACAAAGAGAAUGGAUUGUUUUUAAAGUUAUUCAGAAAAAUAAUAAACUGAAAGACACAUAAUUAGAGAACCUCUAUCAUAUUAAUCAAUGUUAUAAUUAUACUAUACAUAUUUAAAACGAGUAUGCCAUUAUUCAUCAAGUGGAAUACCAAUAAUAGAAUUGUAUGUAAUAUAAAACAUUUGUUCAAUGGGAUUACGUAUAAUUGAAGGAUAGAAAUGUCCAAAAUUAGAUUUUUGUUUUUAACUUAUAUUAAAAGAUCUUGAAGAAUUUUAAAGUUAAUAAAUUGAUUAUCUGAAAGAAUUGAUAAUUGAUUUAAAAGAUAAGAACAAUGAAUAAAUGUUUGAUAUAUUUGAGAUCUAUAAAUUAUUGUGUUUAAAUGGAAAGUAAAUUAAAUUUUUUGGAGUGUUGAAUAAAUUAACAAUAAAUCAAUAAAAACUUAAAAGUUUUAAAAAGGAAUGUAAAGAAUUUGUAAUAGAAUGUAAAUAACAUUUAAGAAAAGUGAAACUCUAAUAAAAUUAGGAUAGAUUAAGUGUUUCUGAAUUUAAAACAAAUAAUUUCUUUGAAUAUGAAAGAAAAUAGUUGUAUAACAAUUAUUGA